CGCCAAUUCCUCGGCGUGCGGCGGGCUGCAGUGUGCUAGGCCCGCUGCCCGCUCGUCCGUCCUUCCCUCUGACUUUCCCCUGCCCGGGCCUGUCGCUGCAGAGGUCACAGGAGGCGGGGGCCGCGCGCGCGCGUCCCCAGGGGCAGCGGGAGUGGCAGCUGCGGGCUUGCGGGGCCCCGGAACCCCAAGGGCGAGAGGAGCGCGUGGUGGACCAAAGAGAGCCCGCGAGCGGCCGCGUGCCCACCAAUAGGUGCGGGGCUCGGAGCCGCCCAGCCCGCGCGGUCCCUCUCUCCGCCCUCCGCCCCCGCCGCCGCCUCCCCCUCCUCCCCCUCCCGCUCCUGCUCCCGCUCCGCCGCGCGUCCGGCACUCGGAGCGCCGCAGCGGCAGCGGCGGGUGCAGCCUGCGCAGAGCCAGGCCGGGAGCCGGAGAGGACCCAGCGCGCACGCCGCAGUCACCACCCGCAGCCCCCUCGGCAGCUGCUGACCCACCACCAUGGCUCGCGGAAAAGCCAAGGAGGAGGGCAGCUGGAAGAAAUUCAUCUGGAACUCAGAGAAGAAGGAGUUUUUGGGCAGGACCGGUGGCAGUUGGUUUAAGAUCCUCCUGUUCUACGUGAUCUUCUACGGCUGCCUGGCCGGCAUCUUCAUCGGAACCAUCCAGGUGAUGCUGCUCACCAUCAGUGAGUUCAAGCCCACCUAUCAGGACCGCGUGGCCCCGCCAGGGCUGACGCAGAUCCCCCAGAUCCAGAAGACCGAGAUCUCCUUCCGCCCCAGCGACCCCAAGAGCUACGAGGCCUACGUGACCAACAUCAUCCGCUUCCUGGAGAAGUACAAGGACGGCGCCCAGCGGGACGACAUGGUGUUUGAGGACUGCGGCAGCGUGCCCAGCGAGGUCAAAGACCGAGGCGGCUACGACAGCGACGCGGGCCAGCGGAAGGUGUGCAGGUUCCGGCUCGAGUGGCUGGGCAACUGCUCCGGGCUGCAAGAUGAGACCUACGGCUACCGGGAGGGCAAGCCCUGCGUCUUCAUCAAGCUCAACCGCGUGCUGGGCUUUAAGCCAAAGCCCCCCAAGAACGAGUCCCUGGAGAACUCCCUCGUGGCCAAGUACAACCCCUACGUGCUGCCCGUCCAGUGCACCGGCAAGCGGGACGAGGACAAAGAGCGAGUGGGCGCCGUGGAGUACUACGGCCUGGGCGGCUACCCGGGCUUCCCGCUGCAGUACUACCCCUACUACGGCAAGCUCCUGCAGCCCAAGUACCUGCAGCCGCUGCUGGCCGUGCAGUUCACCAACCUGACCCUGGACACGGAGGUGCGCAUCGAGUGCCGGGCGUUCGGCGAGAACAUCCAGUACAGCGAGAAGGACCGCUUUCAGGGGCGCUUCGACGUGAAGAUCGAGGUCCGGAGCUGAUCGCGAGCGCAGCGCGUCCCCACUAGCCAUUUAGGAAGUUAAAAAAAGAUACAAAAACCUACUAGUCUUGAACAAACUGUCAUACGUAUGGGACCUACACUUCAUCUAUCUGCUUUACACUAGCUUUCCGCAUCUCAUAGGUUAGAAUGUAAAUUUAAAGUGUAGCAAUAGCAACAAAAUAUUUAUUCUACUGUAAAUGACAACAGAGAAACACAAAUUGAGCCUUGGGACGUGCCCUUUUUACUGUAAAUUAUGAUUCCAUGACGACGCGUAGUGAGCAGUGUCUCUGGCGCCUAGGUGUUGCUGCGUGUGUGUGUGUGUUCUCGUUGUAGUCCUACAGGUGCGCACUCUGGCCCUCUUCCAAGCCAUGUUUCCUGUCUGUUUUCUACUUCCCGUGCGCGCGGCUCGCCGCCGCGGUGUACAUACGCGAGGGGAGGCACUGGCAUGGCACUUCUCGGGGUGGUGGGGGGGGGUGGCUCUUUCCACGGUGACGACCCAUCGACGAGCAUUUUUAACACACUCCAUAGUCUUUCCUGUGGUGUUCGGUCUUUCUUUUUUCCCUUCCCCGCCCUGGGGCUGGGGGUGCGGGGAGGUCACGGGGGAACUGCCCUUUGUGUUUUCGGGGUUACUGCAGAGACGCGCAGGACGGCGAGGGGCCCUGUUGUGCUUGGUCCCGGACGCGGUCCGGCUGUCGCUCACCUUGUCGUCCGGGGCCGUCGGGGAGCCGGCCCCCGGCCGGGGCCGUCGCGCUUGCCCAGUUGAUUUGCUGUGUGCGUUUCCUUUCCUUUCCUUUCCUUUCUUCCUUUCUCGGGAGGCAUCACGUGCUGGUGCUGUGUCUUCAUGAAUGUUUUAACCAUUUUCAUGGUGGAAGAAUUUUAUAUUUAUGCAGUUGUACAAUUUUAUUUUUUUCUGCAAGAAAAAGUGUAAUGUAUGAAAUAAACCAAAGUCACUUGUUUGAAAAAUAAAUCUUUAUUUUGGACUUUAUAAAAAGCGAUGCAGUGCCCCACAGACCGGUGUUAAAUGUUGUCUGCAGUGCAAACUCCAUGUCCUAACAUGUGUAACGAUCGCCAGGAGUGCAGUGCUCUUGUUGACCUUGUAUUCAGUCAGGUGAAAACAACGGACAAUAAAAGAAUGAACACAUUC